AUGAAAUACUCGACAAUCGCCCUCGCGGCCAUGCCUGGCUUCUUUGCUCUCGCCUCUGGUCUUGGUACCUUCACCAUCAAGAACUCUUGCGGUACAGACAUUCAUUAUGUCCACGACGUCGACUCCUGCGAGACAGUCGUGACCAUCCCCGCCGGCAGCAGCUCCGACCCUUGUACCUACCAGACCAAAGCCGAUGGAUCUGGCGGUCCAUCCGUCAAAAUCGCCCUCGAAACAACCAUCUGCUCUUCCAUUCCCCCACCCAUCACUCAAUUCGAGUACACUGUUGGCUGGGCAGAGAAGGUCUUCACCGAUUUGUCCAAUAUCAACGGUAUCCCUUAUCCCUUCAUGGCCGGCGGUGUCAAGUUGACCAGCUCCGACAACUCAGUCAGCGUUUCCUGCGCUGCAGGCAUUGAAGACUGCGCGGCAGCGUACAACACCCCCACCGAGAACUCUGCCACCACUGCUGCUCCGGAGACUGCGGAUCUGCUGGUCGAAAUCUGCUGGGACAAGCCAGGUGCAUAUGGAAGUGAAAGUUCAAGCGGCAGCUCCUCACCAGCACCAGUGUCGCCCGUCGUAGUACCUGGCACUCCCAUUGUCCACGAACAGCCGGAGGCGUCACCCUCGAGCCCUGUCCUCGCACCUUCCUCAUCUUCCUCGCCAUCACCGUCGCCUUCACCGUCGCCAUCACCUUCUCCCUCGCCAUCGCCCUCGCCUUCGCCCUCGCCAUCGCCCUCGCCAUCACCAUCACCAUCACCAUCACCAUCUCCAUCGCCCAGCCCAGUGGUGGUGGAAGAUGAGGUCGAGGUCAUCGUCACCGUCACAGAAACCGCCCCGAUCGUCUGGGUCACCGAGCACGUUGGCGGUUCUCAACAACGGAAGCGCGACCACGAUCACCUCCACCAACAUGUUCACAACAAAAUCCACAAGAAGCGACACGGCGCAUAG